GGUUGUUUGGUUUGGUUCGGUUGAUUCGGAUCCGGUUCUUGUUGUGGCUUCUUCUAAAUAUUUUUUGAUUUAACUAUAUAAAACAAACUUUUAUUCAUAUUUGUGACGUGUAGUCAUGUAUGCUACUUCGAUUAGUGGAUAAUGUGUGUUAUUUCUAAUUUUAAUAACAAAGGUAGAACCCUAGAAAGUGGAGCCAAGCCGCUGCAUUACAUUACAACGCAGUGUUGCUUGAAACUCGACGGUUGCUGUUGGUUAUUUUCUUGAACAAACUGCAAUAAUAAGCAAGAAAAUGCCUGGGAAACCAUACACUAUGAAGGAAAUGAAGAAGAUAGUAGAGUAUCUGGUGGAACAUAAAGUAUACUCGGAGAUAAGGGGGCGGAAAAUGUGGAUGGACCUUGCUAAGUCACAGAUAUUGAAUAGAACAUGGCAGAGCUUGAAGGAGACAUUCAUAAAGAGAAUUUUGCCAGAUAUCCAAAAUCCAUACUACAAGCUCUCUGUUGAACAGAUAGCCAGCUUCCGGCAACAGUCUGAUGUAGAGGCAAGAUAUAAUAGAAAUAAACUGGAGGUACACAGCAUUAGUGAUUCAAGCAGCACAGAUAACCAGGGAGGAAAAAAGAAGGCUGAAGUCAAAAAAGAAGUGGAAAAUACAGGUGAGAACAAAUGUUCAAAGAUUCAGAACUGCACUAGAUCCUCUACUGACACACUUGUGCUCGAAAACUGUUACGAAACAGCAGAAGAUGUCCGACGAGACCUUGAAUCGCCUAGCGAACAAGAAAAGUCGCCCCAGAAGUCCAUCAGGGACUUCAUUACAUAUUCGGAGCCCUUAACACCUAUGCUUCAAGAAGUCCUGCACGAUUUCUCAACAGAUGAUGAAGAACCUCAGAUGCAAAUUGUAGAAGAACCAGAGGUUGAACCUAACACUAAAGAUAAUGACAAUGAUAAUUCCGAUGUCACAUCUGACCAUACAAUCCGGGAAUCAAAGAGCUACAAUAAAAAAACUACAACAGCUAAUGAUGAAGAAUCUGAAAAAAAGACGCAAACAACAAAGGUUAAGUCUUUGAAAUUAAAAAAAACUCGCAAGGGCACAUGGGAGAACAAAGAAAAGGAAGCUGCUGAACCUGCUAUUUCCAUAGUGGAGGAAAAAGAAGCAAAUAACAAUGAAUCGAAAAAUGUUUUUACAUGUGACAAGAAUACUUCUAAUCAGAAUGUUACUAUUGCUGAUGAGAAAACUGUGAAGCCUAAUACGGAACAAACCAACAAUUCUCUCUCCACUAGUGAUACCCAAUUACCCAACAACCCAGAAGGGCUCGAAAAUGGUAACGAUGGUAAGCGAACCUCGACAGAGAGUACAAAUUCCGAAUUUGUAGAACCAUCGAAUAAUGAUAAGAAAGGCAAAUCUAAUAAGAGGACUCGUUCGCAGACUAGCGCUGAACAAAAAAAGAAAAAAGCGAAACAUCGCAAGACAUCGGAACCAAGGGAAACUCAAAAGGACACGCAAACAUAUGAUUCUCAUCCCCACGCUGCUAAUUUACAGAAAUCUUUUGCAGUUUCAGAAGGAAAUAUGCAGGAAACUCAAGACACAGAUACUAAUAAUCCAAUAGUAAAUGGCAUUGAAAAAGUUGAUACUGUAGAAAAAUCAUCACCUGUUAAUAUAAACCAGGCAAAAGAAGUACAACAACAAUCUCCCAAAAAGAACAAUGAAGGAACUUCGCAAGAAGCCGGCCCCUCGGGUGUUAACGAUGUAAGUGUAAAUGCUGCAGACAUCAACCCUUGCCUCAAGAGCGUGAGUUUAUACGCCGAGCAGUUUUCUCAAUCAAGGUACAAUGAUUCUGAUAUAGAAGAAGUCAUUGAAAGUAAGAAUACUCAGGUGAACCAAGAAAAUAAUGAUAAAAGUAGGAAAGAGAAUGCGAACGAUAAACAAAUGACUGAGAAAUAUAAAGAAAAGAGUGCAUCUGAAUCUAUAAAUAAAGAAAGCAAUGCGUCUCAUAGUGUGGAAGAGACAGAUAAACUUAAAGGCCCCAGUCUACGUAUAGACGAUGUGUUGCUAAAGUCUCACUCGGAAAGCGAGAGCGAAAGUUUGGAACUUCCCAAAAAGAGGACUGGAGGCGAUCGUGAAAAAUCGCGACAAGUAGCUAUGGCAAAUGCGUUUGGAUUUUCUAGUGGAGCAGCGUCUUAUAACAGGAUCAAAAACAACAAGUCCCAUUCGAAGCGAUUCUCGCGCCGCAGCCGAGUCACUUCCAGGAAUUUUGUUAGUACCAUAGAGUCAGGGUCGAGCGACGAGUACACGACGGCUAGCGACAAUGACGACCCUCCCUUGGCACGCGGUCGAAGUGGACACUCUUAUAGAUACAUGAAACCUCAAUCCUACGACUUUUUAAGUAACGCGGACGGAGGGCUGUUCGUCGUGGGCAGAAAGAAAAUAUAUCCUUUGCUUCUGAGAGAAAAUGGCGCGGUACAUUUUGCUUGUGCUGGGGAGAGCCAUGAAGAUGAAGAACAGGAAUCGUAUUGGAAAACUAAGUUUUUGGAAGAGAGGAAGAAAUGCGCCGAGGAAAAGAUAAGGGCGGAUGAGCUUAGUAGGUUACUACAACAGUCUAAAACCCGGCAAAGUCAGGCAGAGCCGAGGGAAGCCCCUAGUUCGCCGAUACUACAAGCUAAUCAGUCACUAAGCAAGGUUACAGAGAAAAGUAAUCCGAAACAAAAGAAAGAAGCGGUUGUAUCAGAACGAGAAAUGAAAAGUGAAGAAACUGUUAAAAUUAAAUUUACUAAAAAUCAUGAGAUUGAACUAGAAGGUCAAUGGUCUCACGUCAAUCCGUUGUUGGAGAGAAUGGUAGAAAUAUUUAAAAACAACGAAACAUCAGAACAAACACCAAAAAAGACAGAUUCCCAACCGACAAUUCAAGAAAUAACAGAAAAGCAAGCGGAAACAGUGACUGAUAAAACUAACACACAAACACAAAUUCAAGAAGAUACAUCCAAGACUGAGGUGAAAGAAGUGAAACAAAAAGUAGAUGUGAGUCAGAAAAAAAAAGCAAAUGUGAGAAAGAAAAGAGGUUCUAAAAGUGUAGAAGAGAGUGACAAGAAUCCAGAUGAAGUUACAGUAUCCAGUGGAAAGUCUACUCCUGUGAUCACCGCAGCUGUUGACCCAGAGGUUCAUGAAAAGGUCACUAAAAUUGAGAGCGAGAUCUUCAAGAAGAUUGAGGAAAUAGAACAGACUGAUCAGAGUGUCGCAAAAGAAGCUCCCAGCGAUGUCAACGUUACUAAAAGAACAAGAAGUAGACCAAGGAAAUCGCAAUCUCCCCAACCAGGGACGUCAUUCGAGAGUGAACCUAAGAAGCCGAAAGUGGACCUUCGACCAACCACCAGACGUCCAAGAAUUAAGGCACACGCCACCGACGUAGAGAGUGAUGCUAGUGUGGCAAAAUAUGGAAGUGAUAGUGGUCUGAUCGGUCAAGGUAGAGCAAAGUAUACGAAAUCCAAGAACACUAUCAGUAAGAGCGACACGUGUAUACCAGAGGACGACCCUAACGUUCGCUACAUGCUUCCACCAGCCUCACGGACUAAGAAGAUAGUUAGUAAAGCAAACAAUAUUAGAAGCUACCUCCGCAAGUCAAGACUAUUCAGACCCUCUGACACCUCGAUACAUUCAGAAAGCACUCAAGGUUACCAAGACUCCGAUGCUAGUCCUCAAAAGUCAGUCUGUCGAAGAAAACGAAGAGUCAGCAUAGGUUACUUGAGCAAAAAAGGACAAAUUAGAAAGGUCAAAAGAAGGUCCAGCCCCUAUCUUGCUGAUGACGAUUCUAAUGAAGCAAAUGAAUUGCACAUUAGAUCAGGUUCGAUGCCAAACUUAAGUUUAAACAGUGAAAUAUACCGGUCAGAGUCAUAUCAACUGUUACUACCGAAAGCGAAGAUGUUCAGUCAACUCGAUAAAAUAGAUGAGAGCCCCAUACAAAAUGAGGGGAUCGUAAAUCAACAUAAUUUUACCAAUCUAAGUCCACUAACAAUAAAUAUUAAUAACGAAUUCUACAUUCCAUCUGAAGAACUGAGGAAUGACUCAAUGAGACAAAGGAGUUCUGAGAACUCAAGUAACGUGUCAUUCCCGCUCUCGCCUGUGCUGUCUAUAGCUGGAAACAUGUCUGUUAGUAAAGAGAUGAUUAGCAGCAGUCUCGAGGAUCCCCCCAGUUUGAAUGAAAUCCAUCAAAAUGAUGUACAACCAGUGACUAAUUUAAAUAAAUACUUGAUGUCUGAUGUAGACGUAUCGGUGCCACUAAUGGAACAAGAUUGCCAAUUACAAAGUCGUCAAAAAAGUAAAUCGGGUUCACGUACCAGAAAAAGCACAAUCUCUGAACCGAUAGAUCCAGUAAAUUUCAAAGAGCAAUCGUCUUCCGAGUCAUUAGACCAAAAAUUAAGAGAUUUGCUCUUGGAAAGCGCUAAAAAGAUGACGAAAUCUCAAACAGAUAAUCCUAUUAGCGCUGAAAAUCUUAUGGAAGUCGAUCCUACAAGUGAAAAGAAAACGAGACCCAAAAAGCGAUGCUCGACUCCUCGCAAGAAACAAACUGCAUUGAAAAAGCAAUCUCCUAACGUGGCGCCUGUCUUGGAAGAACACACUGAAUCUUGUUCAUUUGGCGGUAGAAAAUCUUGUCCUCCAAUUAUUAAUAUUUUACUAUGUGAAGAUGCUAACCCUCUCACAGAAGAGGCCAAUGCAAACAAGACUAACAUUACAGAAAAGAUAAAAGAGAAGAAAAAGAAGGAUGUUAUUAAAGUGAAAAUUUUAAGACCUAGAGACAAGAGUGGUAAUAGGAAAGGUAAUAAUAGUAGAUUAUCUGUGUGUACCGACAGUGGCAUAAAUGAUACGGCGUCUGUGCUAUCAGAUGAAUGCAGGUGUUGCAAUGAAUCCACAGAACUGAUUCACAAUCAUUCCGACACAUGUCUUCAUAUGGAUGAGUGUGUAGGCGACAGUGUAGAGUUUAUAGAGACCAUGGAGAAAUCUGUUAUAUCUUUAAAUUCUAAUUCAAUUCCAUCUGAAGUAUGCUUUGACAAUCUGAAUCCAAGUAGUGAAGAUUACGUUACUCCGGAACUAUUCUCUACCGAUGCAAGAGAUGCCACUAGUUUGAGUGCUGUGACAAGAACCAACACGCAAAGCACAGAUGCUGACGGGGUUACGGUGUACCACACGCCGUCCUCCGGGGGAUCUAUGAACAGCCUCGUCACAGAAGAUUUGUCUAAUGAGAUACUUCCAUCAACUGGCACCAACUGGUACCUCUUUAGCGAGGACGACACUAACGCAGACAAUGUAUCCCAGGAUUUAAACACCGGUGGUAUGGGGUCUAAUCUAAAGCAAAUAUUUCCCCUUACAUGCGCUAUACCAGAUUUAUCCACAAUCACGGAAAUGUCCAGAGAAAAUGAUAGUAUGAAACCCAAUUUGAAUACAGACAAUGAAAUGGAUGGCCUUUCCCACAGUAUGUUUGAUUCGAAUAUUUAGCUAAGUAUUAAUGUUAUUGUUUUCUUCAAAAGUUAAUGUUUUGUAGUUUAAUCUGUGUUAUGUACGUAUGAUUGUUAAAUUUAAUAAUGUUGAGCGUUUUACCUAAUUUUGAAUACAAUUUUGAUAUGAUAA